AUGAACCCCGAGGAGCACAACACCUACGUCGACGAGCACGAGGCCGAGCACGACGAGACCUACGUCGAUGAGAACGACGUCGCCGAAGAUGUCGAGGACUCUGGCGAGCCCAUGGACGAGGACAUGAUGGACGAGGACGACGAUCAGGAGGCUGGGCCAAGCGCCGACAACGAAAUUCUGCUGGAGGACGACUCCAUCCAGGGAUUCUUCAACCACAAGGAGCCUGUGUUCUCCAUCGACAUGCACCCGACCGACCAGAACAUCAUCAUCAGCGGCGGCGGUGACGACAAGGCCUAUAUCUGGCGUGUUGACAACGGCGAGCAGCUCUUUGAGCUCGAGAAGCACGGGGACUCGGUGGUCUCCACAAAGUUCAGCCACGACGGCCUGCUGGUGGCCACCGGCGGCAUGGACGGCAAGAUCAACGUGUACAAGUCGGGGCUGACCGAGAAGUGUGCGGUGCUCGAGGGCCCCGACGAGAUCCAGUGGAUCAACUGGCACCCGAAGGGCAAUGUUCUGCUGGCCGGAGCCAACGACGCGUCCAUGUGGAUGUGGUCGCUGCCCACAGGCGAGUUCAUGAACGUGUUCAAUGGCCAUAGCGCGCCUGUCACAUGCGGACGGUUCACCAACAGCGGCCGCAACAUCGUCUCUGGCUCUGAGGACGGCAGCCUGAUCAUCUGGGACCCCAAGUCUGCCUCAAUCGUCCGCCAGUUUACGCCCGAGGACGAGCGCUUCCACCAGGAAGGCAUCACAUCCCUGGCCAUCGCCAAGGACGACCAGACCAUCCUCACCGGCUCCAUGGAUAACACUGCCAAGCUUGUCCACACCAACGGCAACAUCCUCGGCUCGUUUGAGAACGCGACCGAGUCGGUCGAGGCAGUCGGUCUGUGCUCGGUCCUGCCCCUGGCUGCCACCGGCUCUGUCGACGGUAGCCUGAGCAUCUGGGACAUCAACACCAUGCGGCUGCGCACCACGCUGCAGCACGACGAUGCCGUCACUAAGCUGCUGUGGCACGAGAACUCGCCGAUGCUGACCUCGGUGUCGCUCGACUGCACCGUGCGCACCUGGGAUGCCCGCACCGGCGAGGCCGUGCGCACCUGGAAGGGCCACCAGGAGGGCAUCAUGGACUUUGCUCUGUCGCACGACGGCAAGACAAUCGUCACAGCGUCCGACGACGGCUGCUGCCUGGUCUUCGCAUAG